CCAACGCCGCGGACGGGCGGGUUGUGAAGCACAAUAUGGCGCUAUGCUCGAGGAGGUUGUUCUGCGUUCGGUCACUUUUGCUCUUUGAAGUUCAAGCCUCCAGUGCGACAACUUCUUUCACAACUUCGAAGCUACUGCCAGCACGAACAAGAGUGGUAUGGUGCCAACGCUUCUCCACAUCGAGAGCAAGAGAAGGCCUGAGCCAGAGGAUCGUGUUGGGAGCACAAUGGGCUAAUGCCAAAUAUGAGCACUUUCUACAGCAACGCUUCCCACGCUUUUACAGACUCUACAGCACGUUCCUGAAAGGAUUUCGACUACUGUUUCAAGAUGCCAAAGAGGUCAGAAAGAUUAAGGCGAGAAUGUAUUCCAACGAUACAGAUCAUUGGAACCUGCCAUAUCGGGACAUGGAAAAACUCAGGCAGUUUCGUAGAGACAUGAUUAAAGCCGUCCCACUGCUGCUCAUCUCCAUCCCACCCUUCGCCAACUACGUGGUAUUCCUCCUAAUGUACCUCUUCCCACGGCAUUUCCUCAUUCACCAGUUCUGGACACCUCAGCAGCUGGCAGAGUUCCAGACGGUGUACCAUUCCUCUCGAGCCCAGUCCCACCCCCCUCUCCUGGACGCCCUGACGCAAGCAGUGCCAACUGUGGAGGAUGACCAUCUCAGGUCCCGCCUCAGACAGCUGUGUGAAAAGGUGCAAGGUGGGGGCCAUCCUUUAGUCUCGGAGGUGCAUGCGUUGCGGUCUCUGUUUGCGGGAUCCGGCCUCGGACUCGAGAGCUUGUGUGGCGGCCACAGGCGACAGCUCUGUUCCUUACUCUUCCUCACUACUCAUCUGCCGUCUUCGCUGCUGGCCCGGAGACUGCAUAGCCACGCCGUAGAGCUGAUGCACCUGGACAAAGCCCUCGCACAGCUCAAUCCACACCUCCUCAGCGAUGCGGAAAUAAAGCAGGCAUGUUAUGUGAGAGGAGUGAACGCUCACUCUUUGACUUCGUCUCAGUGCACAGAGUGGCUUCUUCAGUGGCUGCGGUUUUCCCUCCAACUGAAAGAGUCAGAGACGUCUAUCUAUCUGCACAGUAUGGUUCUUCUAACUGCCAACUACCCCGAGCUUCAUCAUCAUCAUCACCAUCAUCAUCAUCAAGACUGACAGUUUUCACCAAAUGGUAUUUUGAAGUUGAAGUAUUGUGAAAAUAACUUGUUUCCUUAAGGCUGUAAAACUGAAACUUCAUAUAUCACUGCUUUAUCUUGAAUUCAGCUGCCCCACUUAAAUACAGUGAUUUAUGAACGUGUUCAACCUGUACUUGACUACAUGUGUUUGACGUUGAUACAAGUGCCACAUAUAUGAGAUGAUUUUAUAUUACUAAAUAUGAUGAUGCUAAAAAGUUGUGCAAUAAAUGAAUCCUUGAUGGUAUGGACAUGA